AUGUCACUCGGAAAGCAACCGUCAGACCACAUAAAGAGGCCAAUGAACGCGUUCAUGGUAUGGUCGAGAGGUCAGAGGCGAAAAAUGGCACAAGAUAAUCCUAAAAUGCACAAUUCAGAAAUUUCAAAAAGGCUCGGUGCGGAGUGGAAGCUCCUUACUGAGAUGGAGAAGAGGCCGUUCAUUGAUGAAGCAAAGAGGUUACGAGCCCUGCAUAUGAAAGAGCACCCUGACUAUAAAUACAGACCGAGGCGAAAACCAAAGGCACUCGUUAAAAAGGAACCAAAAUUCGGCUUCAAUAUCUCCGGUCUCAUGGCACCGGUUCCUCGGCUGGUGGCGCCUUCGAUGCCGCAGCCGAUGCCGCAGUUGUCAUUACCGCACCAUCUGCUACCGGACAAGUCGGACCUGGGACGAGCACUUUUUCCCCCAAUACCGUACCCGUUCUAUCCGUUCGCGAAGAUCCCCUCCGACGAUGGGAAGCUGGCUGCUGAACUUGCACACUUACAGGCCCUAUACGGAGGUGCUUUAUACAGUUCAGCGCUAUACAGCAGCGCACUCUCUCCCUGCGGGUGUCCACCACGACGUUCCCCCUCCCCUCCGCCAGACGUCAAACGCCCUGUCGCCUACGUCCUCAUGAAGAGCGACGAAGAACCGCCCCAGCACGUUAUAUGAAGGCCGGUGGCGCUCCCGGCGCGGCCCUACCCGCUAUGGGAGCAGCCUUCAACGUCCACUGAAAGAGACAGUACACCUGACAGCAUAUAAAAAUAUAGUGCUGGUGAUUUCAAAGUGUUUUGUCAGUGAUUUCAAUGUUACAGACUCUUCAACAAUUAUGUCAUUUUUUAAAUUGAAUCGGACUCGGUCUAAAUGUUUAUAAUAAGUGCAUCAUUGUUAAGUGGAAUCUUUUUAAACUUAGUAUUCAUGUGUUAAAUUAAACCGUAAAUUUAAAAAUCGAAUCUUGUGACAAAGAUCCUGAUACGUGCAGCCGACCGACGCGUCGCCUGUAAAAGGAACAAUUUAAAUGGUGAAUUAUUUUUCAAUAUUGUGUACAAGUGCAAUACCGUUUUUAAAUGAUUUUAGGUUAUAUAAACAGGUACUUGAAGGUGCUGUGAUUUAUGAUGUGAAAUACGGAUAAUCGCGACAUUCGGAUUUUUUUUAAAUGUCAUACAUCAUUAUAAGAUUCAAUUUAUAAUGUCGUUCGACAUAAUGAGGCCUAAUGGUUAAAAUCGAGGACUGAAUGGGUCUUGAAAAAUUUUAAGGCUGA